AUGUUUGAAUCAAUCUGUUCGCUUCCGCUCUCAUCGGACCUGUUCUCUCAGGCUCUUCACCCUCGAGAGCCCGUGGUCGCCGUUGGUUUGGCUGCUGGCCAUGUUCAGACCUUCCGCUUGCCAUCGGAGGAGGAAGACGAGGAUGAUGCAGGCUCAUGCUGCUCGUCGCACAAUGGAAGAGGACACAUUGACACAAUGUGGAAAACGAGGAGACACAAGGGCAGCUGCCGGUGCUUGGGAUAUGGAGUUGACGGCGAGACUUUGUACUCCGCCGGUACCGACGGUCUUGUCAAAGCUGCGAAUUCUGAGACUGGCAAAGUGACCAACAAGAUCGCAAUUCCUUUGGAAAAGAACGGCUCCAUCGAUGCCCCGACCGUGAUCCACGCCCUCUCCCCCCAGACUCUUCUACUUGCUACCGACUCCAGCGCUCUACACCUCUACGAUCUGCGCAUUCCCUACUCCAAGGUUUCUGUUAAACCCGAACAGUCCCACCACCCUCACGACGAUUACAUCGCUUCCCUCACUCCUCUCCCGGCCUCCGAUACCAGUACCUCGGGAUUUAGCAAGCAAUGGGUCACUACCGGCGGCACUACUCUCGCCGUGACGGAUCUGCGAAGAGGUGUCUUGAUGCGCAGUGAAGAUCAGGAGGAGGAACUUAUCAGUUCGACUUAUAUUGGUGGCCUUCCCACCAGCGGAACCAGCCGCGGCGAGAAGGUCGCUGUAGGAGGUGCCGGUGGUGUCUUGACCCUUUGGGAGAAGGGCGCUUGGGAUGACCAGGAUGAGCGAAUCUACGUGUCUCGCGACGCGGAGGGUGGCGAGUCUAUCGAGACCAUGGCGAUCGUGCCGGAUGAGCUGGGCCACGGCAAGAUGAUCGCUGCCGGUCUUGGGAACGGUCUGAUCAAGUUUGUUCGCAUUGGUGCCAACAAGGUUGUGUCAGAAGCCAUUCACGAUGAGACCGAGGGUGUUGUUGGUCUCGGGUUCGAUGUUGAGGGUCGCAUGGUCUCUGGUGGUGGACAGAUCGUCAAGGUCUGGCACGAGGCUAUGGAGACUGACGGUGAGGCUGGCGAUGAUGAAAUGGCUGGCGGCAAACACUUCCGCGGCGAUAGCGAUGACAGCGAUGACUCUGAUGAUGAUAAGCAAGAACGACAGAGUGUGGAUCGCAAGAAGCGCAAGAAGACCAAGGGCAAGGACCGUAGUGGUGGACAGCACGUCAUGGGAUUCGCCGAUAUGGACUGA